AUGGAGGUCGUCCGCACCGUCGGGAGUGUAGCGGGGUGCAUCAACAAGCUGGUUAACCUUAUAGAGAAACACAAGAAGCGCGCCCGCGACCUCACCGGGGGCCUCAAAUCCAUGAAGGCUGAUUUCGAUAUCAUAAUGGAUCUGCGCUUGGAAAAAGAGAAGCAGAAGCUGCAGCUGACACCGGGAAUGCAAUUGCAGCUGCAGGAGCUGGCUUAUGAUAUCGAUGACUUCGUGCAAGGUCUCUGGGUUCCCGGACCAUGUAGCUCCUUCGUCCUCGCAGCGACCGGGUGGGACUCUCGUGCUCUGCUUAUUGAUCGCAUCGGAGAUUUCAAGGAACGCAUCAAGAAUCUCAAAGAUGAGCUGCCAAAGGGAUUUGAACCAGUGCCGAUCGCAGGAGCUUCAACACCAGCCGGCUCAUCUUCGUCAGCUGGAUCCCCUGUUUCUUGUGCUCAAGAGCUAGAUCUCGUGGGCAUUGAGGGUCCCAAACUGGAGAUUCAAAAGCUGCUCUCCCUAGGCAUUGAGCCCCAUCGAGGGAGAUUAAGCGUCAUCUCCAUUGUGGGAUGCAGCGGCUCCGGAAAGACUGCCCUCGCAAGGGCGCUCUAUCAAGACGAUGCUGUCACCAAGAAUUUCCAUUACAAGGCAUGGGUUGUGGCAUCUGACCACAACCCUGCGGACAUUCUAAGCAAGAUUCGCCAGCAAGUUAGACCGACAUCAACACUUGGAAGUAACUCUGAAGAUGAUUCAGACCACUUCCAGAAGAACAAAAGGUACCUGGUCUUUGUCGAUGAUGUGCAGCGAGUGACAUCAUGGAAGGACAUAAGUAAUGCAUUCCGUGAAAAUGUCAUGGACAGCAGAAUCAUUGUGACCACAAGUGUUCCUUCUGUCGCCAGGGCACGCAGCUCAGGCAGUUAUAUGUACACAGUGAAAGGACUUGACAUGGAAAAUUCAAGAAGACUAUUUUGGGCAAAGUUCUGGCAAGAUGAUGGCUACUCAGCGGAAGAUGAAGCUGGCUUGUGCAACAAUGAUAAUGUUGAUAUCAUCAUCAACAAAUGUGAUGGCUUGCCGAUGGCGUUGAUCAGCGCAGCUAAAUAUUUGAGAGAGAAAGGACCAAAUCCAACAGUCGAAAAUUUUAAGCAAGUGAGCCAAGAACUUCGCGAUUGUCUGGCAUGUUGUGAGACCACCUCUGAGGAUUUCUCAGCAUUUGCACAAAUGAGAAAGGCGCUUGUCGAACCCUACGAGAAGCUCAAACAUGGUGAGAAAGAGUGCUUACUUUAUGUAAGCAUAUUUUCCCAUGGCCAUCAGACAACCACCAAGAGUCUCGUCAGAAGAUUAAUAGCUGAAGGAUUGGUUCCCAGGGACGAUGAUGUAAUAAAAGAUUCAGAGUCGGUUGUUGGAGAUGUCCGUGAGUGUUUGAGAAAAUUAAUGGACCAUAGUAUGAUUGAGCCUAUUCCGGUUCGCAACUAUACCAAUGUUGCUAAGAGGUGCCGAGUGCAUAGUAUAAUGCUGGAGUUUACCAUCAAGAAGGCUGUGUCCAGAAACUUUGUGAGUCUGAUUCACGAGGAGAAGGCUCUGCGUAGUAAAACUGGCAAAGUCCGCCCAGUCCAGCCCUGA